AUGAGACUGGUAAGCUGGAACUGCCGUGGGCUUGGGAACCCAUGGGCAGUUAGAGCUCUCAACAAGCUCUUGAGACAAAAAGAUCCCAAACUGGUUUUCUUAAUGAAAACAAGGAAGAAAACAGAUGAGAUUAGUAGAUUGAGAAGAAGAGGAGGACUAGACAACAUUAUUGGCGUAGAUUGCAGAGGUGAAGGGAGAAGUAGAGCUGGAGGCUUGGCGGUCUUGUGGGGAAACGAUCUUAUAGUGGAAAUUUCUUCAAUGUCAGAAAAUCACAUUGAUAUGGUGAUUAGUAAAGAAGGGGACAGCAACUCAUGGAGGGCCACAUGCUUUUAUGGAUAUCCGGAAGGGGCAAACAAAAAUAAGUCUUGGGAGAUUCUUAAAUCACUCAGACAAUCAAGGAAUAGGCCAUGGUUGGUUUUUGGAGAUUUCAAUCAAGUUUUGGAGAAGAAGGACAAACAAGGAGGGCUGCCGGUGACUUUCUCACAAAUAAGAGGAUUUAAAGAGGCGCUUCAAACCAGUGAAUUAUUGGAUCUAGGCUUUGUAGGCCAUGCCUUCACAUGGUCCAACAACCAAGGAGGGGAGCAAAAUGUUCAAGAGAGAUUGGAUAGAGCCGUGGCAAACAUAAGCUGGAAAGAAGCGUUCCCUAGAGCUGUGGUACAACACCUUCAAAGGUAUAGAUCAGAUCACAGUCCGAUCUUCAUAGACAUGAUGGGAGAAACAGAAAGAAAGAACAACAGAUCACACAGGUUCAAAUUUGAGGAGGUUUGGCUGGAAAAAGAGGAGUGUGAGGAGAUAGUUAAGAAGACAUGGAUACCGGGCAAUAUGGGGAUUACAAGGAAACUCCAAAAUUGUAGCAGCAUUCUGAAAGAGUGGGGACAAGUGCAUUUCAGACAGAUUCCUAAGGCAAUAAAAGAAAAACAAAAAAAAACUUGA